CACAGUAACAGUUAAUUUUUCUUCCAUGAAACACCGCUACAGUAAAAACACUCUCUGAAACGAACUCCCUAAGAUCUCUUCCCAAGCAAACGCCAUUGGAGCAAAAUCAAGUUCAAGAAAAGAAACAGCACAAUAGGGUCCAACUUCUUAUGAUAUUCUGCAGUUUUCAGCUUAAACGGUGAAGUAAAGGGAUCAGUAGUCAUGGAGAAGCUCGUGGAGUCCCUGGAGAGAGCAUUCCAGUCCUUGGUUGCAUCCGCCGCCUACGUCUUUGAGUCCAACGAGGUAUCGGAGGGCGCCAAAUCCACCUCCACGGAUGCCGCCUUGGAGACUUUCAAGCAGCAGUGGGAACUUUUCAAGGUAUCAUGUGAUCAGGCGGAGGAAUUUAUAGAGUCUGUGAGGCAGAGGAUCGGUUCAGAGUGCCUCGUCGACGAGGCCACGGGAUCCCUCGCCCACACUAAUGUCGGCAUCCCGCCCAUCAGCGCCGUCCGCCUUGAGGCCAUGAGCAAGGCCGUUCGCUGGCUGGUUAUCCAACUCCAGCGCGGCCCUAAUGCCUCAAACUCUAAUUCGCUCUCCUCAAACCCUCUCCCCGCCCCUGCCUCCGCCUUUGACGCUCGUUUCGGGGACGACGCCGCUCACUAGACCCGUCGACCUUCUCCUGUGAUGUAAAUAAGGUUUUAGGUGUUCCUGUGGUGUGAUGAGAAGGUAUUGUUUUUGUGAGAUCAGUUUUAGAUCAGUAUUGUUAUUGUGAGAUCAGUUUGAGGUGUUGCUCUGGAAUCCGAAGGGCCAGACAGUUCACAAUGCCAAACGUCUGUGCAAUUAGCUGGAUAAUCCCGUCCAUGUUCAUGUUCUGCCUCUGAAGCUUGCUCAUCUUAUCACUCAUCUGGGUUAACAGGAAUUCCAUCCUGUCAUACAUAUUCUUGGUGAAUGUGGAAGUUGACCUAUUUCGCUGAAGCAUUACUUUGCACUAUCAGAAAGAAAAUUACCAAUGAAGGUUCUGGGAUUCAGCAGGUCUGGCAUCGGCUAUUUCCAGGUUUGCUGCAGUGUAAGGAUCUGUCUCAUGUACCUCAGUAGAGCUUUACUUCUUGGGGUUAGCUCUUUCACAGCCUGUCCUCAUGUGAAAGGAGGUAAGGGGAUUGGGAAUUGAAUUAGCUCCUUCAUUGCAUUUUAAUAGGAUCUAUCUAUCCCUUAUCAGAGAUUGAAACUUUGAUUUUCUUCUCAACUUUUCCUUGUAAUCAGAGCUUGAAAUUUUAUUGGCUUUCGCCAUGAUCAUAUAAAUCUGAAAAAUUCGAAGGGGAAAGAGGAGGGCGGUGAUUUAAGCAAGAACUGCUGCCCACUUUUUCCAGAAAAGCACCGCUGUUUAAGCCAGAGUACCGAGUAAAGAGGCAAAAUCAAUGUAUUGGAAACUUGUCAAAAUCAUGUAAUUUUUUUGGUAUGUUUUA